AUGACUUAUAAUAUCAUAUAUUCUGAAUCAUUAAUUGUUUACCAAAAUAUCAAGAUAUACAUAAAAAUCAGAAAUUAGUAAAAAAAUAAAAAUGUCUCAUAAUCACAGAAAAAACAAAAUUAAAAAAAAUAGUAUGAUUUCAUUAUGAAAUUAGUUUAUUAGGUGCAGAAGGAGUAAUAAAAAAUAAAUAUCAAUGAGGAUAACAAGUUUAUAAUAUAAAGAAAAACAAACAUCAACUAUUGGAAAAGAUUUAAAAUUUAAAUUUAUCAAACUAGGUAAUAAUAUUAUGAAAUUCUAAGUAUGGGAUACUGCUAGUUAUUCUUUAUAUCGUUAAAAUAAUGUUUAAUACAGAGGAGCUACUGUUACUUUAAUGCUUUAACGAUUUAUAAAACUUUGAGAGCGUUGAGAAUGGAUAUAAAAAAUAACAUUCGUAAAUAAAGAUAGUCAAAUUGUAAGGUUUAUUGUUGA